AGUACUAACGGUGCGUAAAGCAGGAGAUUCACUCACACUCCGAACAGGGAUCUUACUGAUUUGCCUACAGUAAAGGACUAGUGGAAUUCUCUUCACUGGCUCAUGGUCGUUCUCAGCCCUGUGCCGUGGUGAUGACGCUCAUCCCCUGACUCCAAUCCCAGUGUCUGCGCAAUGAUGGGUACAUGAUGGACAUACUUUACCUUUUGACAGCACCCAUCUUGCUCUGCAUUCUUCAGGCACUGUCCUUUGUCUCAGGUCUAGAAGGAGAAUGCGAGGUAGACGUCUGCGACGUCAACGAUCCCGGCUUCCUGUGCGACACCGGAAGUGUCAUCAUGAUCCACACUGUGAUGUGUCGAACAAGGGGACGUAAUUGCGACAUGGUGGCCUAUCGGGAGGUGACGCGUCUGUGCUCCGGACGACAGUACUGUCUCAGCGCCGAUAUGUGGCUGAUAUCAGGAAAAUACUGUGAGCGGAAUGACAGGCGGGCCUUUCUGUCAAUAGCCAUUGUCAGCUACAUGUGUGUCUCAGCGCAUGCCGUGGAAUCGAACUGCAGUCAGCGUGGUUUCCGAGUAUCACGUGAUCAGAGGUAUCUGUCCAGUCCAGGCUACCCCGCCUUGGUGACGGGUAACUCCAUGUGUUCCUGGAAACUCUACCCGCCUCACGGUUAUAAGGUAGACAUAUAUGUCAGGGAAUACCUGCACCGUGACGACACCGGUCAGCAAUAUCUCAGGAUAAAAGAGUUGGCGAAAAACGGCCAAAGUCUUCAGCUUGACUCGACAGCAAAACGUGAACUUACGUCAACGCUCAGCGGAGAGGUGGAGCUGUUACUCGUCACGGAUGGCUCUACCAAAGGUCACAGAAUGUGGGUGGAAUACCGAUACGUGCCGGAAGAAUCUUUGGAACAUCUCCGUCCUUUUCCAGUUCCAAAUAAAACAGAGUGUGGCUCUGUUCUUCUUAAUAAAACCAGUUUUCCAGGCCUCCGCCCCCCGGCCUGGAUUUGGAUCAUCAACCAUUCCAACAUCCUCCCCUACUCUUUCCAAACCCUCAUCAACACUAACAACAUUAUAUGA